GCGAAGCCCUUGCACAAGGAGGUCAUGAAGCCUGUGGUGCUACUGUUCGGCUGCAACUACGCUUGCUACAUUCUGAAGCUUGGCACGAUGGUUGGGUACAGAAUGGUCGUUCUCUUCGCAGCAGCAGAAAUGGCAAAGCUGUUGCUCAACGCUGUGCAAUGGCAACUCGAGUGUGAUUUUUGCGUGAGAAUUCAGAUCGCCAUCAUUCCGCUCUCCACGAGGUUUCGGCUGUCUAUUGAAGACACGCUGGCAUUAUUCGUUAUUCUACAAGCAGGAUGCCAGACCCUGCCAGAGUGCUUCCUGCUUUGUCGGCCUUAUACCUGCAAAGCUGUGCUGAGGACAGAGCUGUGCGAGUUCUCCUCAAUUUUUGCCCUCUUUGUGUGUUCUGUCCUCAGUGGCCACUAUGCCCAGCAUGGGCUGCCAGGCUGCAAGGACACCAAGAUUUAG